GUUUGUAGCCAAAGCCAACAUAGCUGAGAGGAAGAACAAGAAGAGGAGCUGAGUAGCAGCUCCAACAUUUGAUCGAUCUAUCCCAUCGUCGCCUUGGUCACUGCAAAGAGAGUAAACUAUUGCACCGCUUAUAGCCAAGGACUGCACAUCCCCCGUGUUUUGCAUAGAUAUGGAUGUCGAUGAUGUCUUCAUCAAUUUACCUAAUGGCGCAACCACUGAUAUUGCGGGCGUUAUCAUGUAUGUUAGCCCACUGGACCACGAGACAUAUUUCCCGGUAGGAAUGAGGGAAGUAGCAGUGGUGGACUCUAGUAAUCACAUUGUGUUCCUCCGCAUUUUUGAUGAACUUGCUCAAAGGCACGAAGAACAAUUGUUGCUUGGUGAAAAGCAUUAUUCAUUCGUCAUGGCAACCUCUAUGGAAGUUGACCAAGCCUCAAGAAGUCUUUUAAGUACAUCAGCAACCACAAUUACAUUCCAUCGAUGCUCAGCAUGUCAUCACUUUGACAUGCUUGAAGGUGUGCGAGAACGAAUUUGUAAUGACUUGUAUUCCGGUGAAGGGGUCAAAAUGUUGUACUUUUAAGGAGGGAUGCUCAGAAGCCGGCGAACGAGUGCAAUGCAGUUCAGCUACCUCACCAAGCUUCUUCAAUCAAACACAUCUUCAACCAUCUGACGCAAAGUACACCCCGCAUCGCGCCAGCUCAAGUUAACAAGUUUGAUGAAGUUGAUUAGGCACGUAGAUCCAGAAUAAAAAAUUUAGUGGGAAAAUUUUAGUUUUGUUAGUCUUAUUAUUUCUUUCAUUUGUUGUAAAAAAUAAAUAUAGCAUGUUUUUC